AUGUGAUACCGGCAAAGUUUCCUCGUGUACUACAGUGUGAAUGACACGAUUGUUUUCAUCCAGUUCGAUCAUUUUGAGACUUCUUUCUUCAAGAAACAUCACAAGUAAUCAUCUGAGGAGCUCAAGGCGUUUUUUCGUGAAUUUUGUGCCUGGCCUUGCCAUUCAUUCAAAAGAUCGAAUAAAUCAUUUUGCAAGUCGCCAUAAAAAUUUCUUAAAUUCCGCUGCAAUGGCUAGCAAAGGGGAAGACGUUCUUGCAAAUCUAAGAAAAUCCGUGAAAGAGCAGGGUGAUUUAGUAAGGAAGCUAAAGGAAGACAAAGCUCCUGCAAAUGAUAUUGAUGUUGCUGUUAAAGAGCUCAAAGCAAGGAAAAAAAUAUUGGAAAAAACAGAAAAAGAAAUGGCACCUCAAGAUGAAAAAUUUGACAGAUCCAAACUUGAAGACUUGCUUAAAAGAAGGUUUUUCUUUGUUCCYUCUUUUGAGAUUUACGGAGGUGUUGCAGGGCUKUAUGAUUAUGGACCGUCRGGAUGUGCCAUGGAAUCAAACAUGCUUCAGUUAUGGCGRUCWCAUUUUGUACUGGAAGAGCAUAUGUUGGAAAUAAGAGCUGCAUUGCUAACAACACAUCCAGUCUUAAAGGCAUCAGGCCAUGUUGAACGGUUUGCUGAUUACAUGGUGAAAGAUAUGAAAACUGGUGACUGUUACAGAGCAGAUCACAUUCUAGAAGGACAUUUAGAGAAGUUAUUGUCAGACAAGAAAAUAACUGAAGACAAAAAGGCAGAGUAUCAAAGUGUUGUAAACAAGAUUGACAACUACAACAUGAAUGAGCUUGGAGAACUGAUCAAGAAAUAUGAAGUAAAAGCUACUUUAACGGGGAAUGACCUUUCUGAACCAACAGAAUUUAAUCUGAUGUUUUCUACUUCCAUUGGACCAAGUGGUUUGAUUCCAGGUUUUCUUCGACCAGAAACAGCUCAAGGCAUCUUUGUGAACUUCAAACGUCUUCUUGAAGCAAAUAAUGGAAGGUUGCCUUUUGCUGCCGCUCAAAUUGGACCUGCCUUUAGAAAUGAAAUUUCACCAAGAGCUGGUCUUCUUAGAGUGAGGGAAUUCACCCUUGCUGAGAUUGAGCACUUUGUCGACCCCUCAGACAAAAGUCACCCAAAGUUYCCCAAUGUUAGUGAUCUUAAAGUGAUUCUUUACCCUGCCAAGAAUCAGAUGGAUGGUGAACCAGCCUUUGAAACAACUCUUGGUGAUGCUAUGAACAGGAAUAUUAUUAGCAGUACCACAGUKGCYUACUUCAUUGGUCGUGUGUGGUUGUUCCUUGUCAAAUGUGGCACAGACAAAACCAAACUAAGGUUUAGACAACACAUGUCUAAUGAAAUGGCUCACUAUGCAUGUGAUUGUUGGGAUGCUGAACUCAGGACGUCCUAUGGUUGGAUCGAAUGUGUCGGAAUAGCAGACCGUGCUUGCUAUGACCUAACCCAGCAYACUAAUGCAACAGGGGAAAAACUAGUGGCUCAAGUUGAUCUUCCAGAACCAAUCAAAGUGGAUGUGCUUGAAAUAGUGCCUGAGAAAGCUGCUCUCGGGAAAGCAUUCAAAAAGGAAGCUAAAGUUGUAAUGGAGGCUUUGGCAAAGUUUGAUAACGAMAGCGCUUCAAAGAUGGAAGAAGAUUUUAAUCAAAAUGGAGAACACACUAUAAAUGUGAAUGGCAAAGACUACAUUAUCCAGAAGUCUAUGGUCAAGGAAAUAAGACGUUACAAGAAAGAUGUUCAUGUUCGUGAUGUGGAGCCACACGUCGUCGAACCAUCGUUUGGAAUCGGACGAAUUAUGUACUCUAUUUUAGAACACAAUUUCAAAAUACGAGAAGGAGAUGAACAAAGAACGUGGCUGUCACUUCCACCCAUCGUAGCGCCAGUCAAGUGUUCAGUUUUACCCCUCAGCAAACAGAAAGAGUUUGAUCCAUUUGUGAAACAGCUUUCUGUCGCUUUGACUGAUUUAGAUAUAUCACAUAAAGUGGAUGAUUCCAGUGGAUCCAUAGGAAGGCGAUAUGCCAGAACUGAUGAGAUCGCGAUCCCUUUUGGGAUAACUAUUGAUUUUGACACCGUGAAUAAAACACCGCACACUGCUACCGUUAGAGAAAGAAACACAACGCGACAGAUAAGAGCCGAGGUCAGUGUUGUUCCUCAGCUUGUAAGUGACCUGGUCCGUUCAAAGACAACUUGGGAAGAAGUCGAAAAGAAUUAUGGGCUUUUUGAGGGUCAAACCACUGGCAAAUAAAGUAACAAGCUGAUGCUUUUAGAAAAUGAUGUUAAAUUAAACACGAAAUAAUUAUAUCAAAUUCAUAAUGUUA